AUGAACCUGAGGAAGAAGGGGACAGCCCGGAAGGCUUGGAAGACUGGACCCCCCAGUCCCGCCUCACUCGACAAAAAUGCUGGAGACAAUUUCUGGUGCAAGUCACUGCAAAAAAGUCCUGUUUUCUCAUCAUCUAGGCAGCCUUGCAUCGUGCCCAGUCCUCAGCCCAGCUACAGAAUCCCAGUCUUGACAAUGCCGAAGAACGCCAAGCUUGAGUGGCUGGUCGAGGGGAAGCACAAGAGUGGACACGCCAACGUCAUUGCUGAGCUUCGAGGUGCCCACCUGCCACCCCUUGAGCUCUACGUCCAGCCCGAGACUCUUGACCGUUGUUGA